AUGGGUUCCAACCUGCCCUAUGCCGCCGAUGCUGAAAGCCCUCUAAAGCCAGCGGAGCUCCAGGUCUUGCGGGCGCAGUACGAAAAGGAAGGUGACUAUGUCGGUAUUCAAACCAAGUUCAACUUUGCCUGGGGUCUGAUCAAAUCCAACGCCCGACCGGACCAACAGGAAGGAGUCCGUUUGCUAUCAGAGAUCUUCCGUGCUGCUCCGGAACGUCGACGGGAAUGCCUCUACUAUCUAGCCCUCGGUAACUACAAGCUCGGAAACUACGGCGAAGCCCGACGAUACAACGAUCUACUUCUCGAAAAGGAGCCCGCCAACCUUCAGGCCGCCAGCCUCGGUACCCUGAUUGAUGAAAGAGUGUCCAAGGAAGGAUUGAUGGGGUUUGCGAUCGUGGGCGGACUUGCUCUCGCCGCGGGUUUGGUGGGUGGCAUGGUGUUCCGGGGCGCUAAGAGGCGGUAA